AUGCCAGCAGAUCUCGUUCGCUGUGUGGCUGGGAGGGGGUAAGGGGAAGUCUCAGGGGCCUGGCAGGAGCCCCUGAUCAGCUCUGGGCUAGGGGAGUCGAAAGAAACCCAUGGAGGAGAGGGCGUCCCAGGUGAGUGCGUGGGACCAAAGGGACUUUGUGGGGAGUCGGUUCCCGGGUUUCCUGCGAGCUGCUUGUCUUUGCCCUCCAUGGCGCUGCCGGCACCGCCGCCAGAGGGGGCUCUCGCGAUCUGCCCCGGGAGGAACGCCGAUCCUUGAACCAUCCAGGCACUCGCGGGCACGCUCGCGCCCCUCCCGGACCCCUACAGCCGGGUGGACACUCGCGGGGUCUCGGAUGGCGUGUGUGUGCGCGCGUCCUUGUCCUCCUGCACCCCAAAUCUCCCCUCUCCCACAGACGGAAAGACUGAGAGCCCCGAAGGGAGAGGGGAUCCCCUGGGACGUCUUCCCUCCUGUCCCCGCGCGGCCGGUAUGAUGCGUCUGGAAGGGAUGCAGAGUCCCGCUCGCAGGCACUGGUGUCGGAGAGGGGUCCUUGGGGGGUCCAGGAGAUGGGAGGAACAUCUGGGGCCACUUAGGGCCUCCUCCAAGGCCGUGCGUCUUGAAGAAUGUGUGAGGCCGGAUGAGAAAACAUGAAGAAGUGAGUCCCAGACUCUGGCCACGCCCGCGCGGUCCGGAUUCGAAUCCCUUGCGGAGUUCCCCCAGCUGGGGCUGGGCCAAGUCAGCGGGGCUCCCCCGGGAAAGGGAAGUGCGGGCGGCGGCAGCGGCGUGGGAUUUUCUAGGCUCCCGCGGACGCUUCCGCCGAGGCUGAGGCGGACGCAAGCGGGGCUUGGCCCGGCGGCCCCACGACCCGGCGGGGGGCCCAGGACUCCCGGGCGGGGCUGCAUUCUGGACCCGUUAGCUCAGCGGCCCUUGAGGCUCCCCGCGACUGACUCAUCGCGCCGCGGAUUCCCCCCACCCACCCUGUCACACACACCAAUACAACAUCCCCCACACACAUCAGACAUCCCACACGGUAGACAUGCACGGCAUCCCCCUCCAUCGCCCACGCACGCCCCCACCGUGCAUCUCACACAUCCAUCCCUGACACACCGCCACGCGUUUCGCUUGUGAAAGCCUGACACACACAUCUAUGCCUCAACGCACACGCCACACACAUUAAACGCAUCACUCGCACGAGGCCCCCACUCAUACACACAGCCCACCACCCACUCAUGCACAUCUGCACUCACAUAACCCCCUAUUCACACACGCAUAACACCCACACCCACACGCAGUCCACUGCUCCCACAUGCAGCCUUACACACUCACACCCUUGCUCACAUUAUGUAACAUAAACACACCCCCGCUCACACAAACACACGCCCCUCUCCCAGCUCAUACACGCAGCCCCCUCACACCCGUAUCCCCCCUCACAUAUGUAGCCCCAUCCCGCAGCUGCCCCGCAGGGAGCGGGCGGUGUCUGUGAGGCCGCCCCCUUUCCGCUACCGCGCAAACAAGCAGCAAAUUCUCCCGGUCCUGGCCAAAGAAAGGCCGCUUGUCCGUCCGACCCGGGCGGGUGCGGCGGCCGCGGCAGGCGGCCCAACACUAAAGCCUUGUCCCGCCCUGGCGGCCCUGGAAAGGGAUAGGCCGAGGGGGCGGGGGUGAGGGGCCUCACCCUUGCGGAAAUCCCAUUCCACUCCGCCCAGCUGACUUUUGCGAGGGGCACUUUCCCAGCACAAUUCCCACCACCAUCAACACCACCAAUAAAAAACAUAACCCCCAAACUACACUUAUGUCUCUGUCCACCUCUCUAUCCUCUGUUUACUCUAAGGCCCCCUGCAGUCUCUCUCCCAUUCCUGGGUCCCUGGUCUGCCCUCAGUCUCCCUCUUUUUCCUAAAACUCUCCCAUCUCCCUGCCCCUCGGUUUCCCAUUCCACUGCCCACAGUACCCCCUCCUCCUUCCCCGGUCUCCCUCUUUGUCCGUCAUCCCUCCCACCUGAGGUCCACUCAGCCCUCAGUCUCUCCCCUCCCCAUCUUCUUCGGUGUCCCCUGAUCUCUCCACCUCUGUGUUCUUCAGUCUCCCCCACCCCAUCUUCUAUCCGCCGACCUUCCCUCCCCAACACUCCUUUACCCACCUUAUCCCUCAGUCUCCUUUCAUUUUUCCCUCCAAAUCCUUUGCACCCCCUCUCCCCGCCCCAUCCCUCCGGUGACCUCCUUUCUCUCUGCCUCACUUUCCUGGUCCUUAAGUUCUCUCCUCCCCCCGGCCCUCGGCGCCCCGCCCGGGCCCGGCGUCCCGCCCGCUGGACUCCCAGCCUCAGUUUCCUUCCCGUUCGGACUCCUUCCUCUGCCGGCGGCCCUUCCUACCCGGCGGAUGUGCCCGGGAAAGGCGCCGGCGGCGGCGGACGGAGAGGAACCCAGCCCGGCCCCACAGGCGUCCGGCCACAGCCAUGCAACGCCCGGCGCGAGGCCUCCGCUGGUUCCCCCCGGGGCGCAGGAAUUCUGGAGCCCCAGGCAGAACCAUGGAUGCUCUCAAUAGGAACCAGGUAGGCUCUGGACGCAAGACCCAGGCCAUGGUGCAGAAAGGACCCUUGGACCUGAUCGAGACGGGCAAAGGACUGAAAGUGCAAACAGACAAGCCCCACCUAGUGAGCCUGGGCAGUGGGCGACUCAGCACGGCCGUCACCCUCCUGCCGCUGGAGGAAGGGAGGACAGUGAUUGGCUCUGCGGCUAGGGAUAUCUCACUUCAGGGUCCGGGCCUGGCCCCAGAGCACUGCUACAUCGAGAACCUGCGGGGCACCCUCACCCUCUACCCUUGUGGCAAUGCCUGCACCAUUGACGGGCUCCCUGUCCGACAGCCCACCCGGCUCACUCAGGGCUGCAUGUUGUGCCUGGGUCAGUCCACCUUCCUCCGCUUUAACCACCCGGCUGAAGCCAAGUGGAUGAAGAGCAUGAUUCCGGCAGGGGGCCGGGUGCCUGGGCCCCCUUACACCCCUGGCCCUGGAGAAUCAGAAAGCCUGGUGAAUGGAAAUCACACCCCACAGCCUGUAACCGGGGGACCCUCGGCAUGCGGCAGCCACAGCUCCCUGGUGAGCUCUAUUGAGAAGGACCUGCAGGAAAUCAUGGACUCCUUGGUGCUAGAGGACCCUGCAGCCACUGGCAAGAAGCCUGCUGCAACCUCCCCACUGUCACCGAUGGCUAACGGUGGGCGCUACCUGCUGUCCCCCCCAACCAGCCCCGGUGCCAUGUCUGUGGGCUCCAGCUAUGACAACACCUCUCCAGCCUUCUCUCCACUCUCCUCACCAGCCAGCAGUGGAAGCUGUGCCAGCCACUCCCCCAGCGGGCAGGAGCCAGGACCUUCCAUGCCCCCACUGGUGCCCGCCCGCUCUUCCAGCUACCAUCUGGCCCUGCAGCCCCCACAGCCCCGCCCAAGUGGUGCCCGCUCCUCUGAGAGCCCCCGGCUGGGCAGGAAAGGGGGUCAUGAGAGGCCCCCCAGCCCUGGCCUCCGGGGUCUGCUGACAGACAGCCCUGCAGCCACUGUUUUGGCUGAGGCCCGCAGGGCCACCGAGAGCCCCCGGCUGGGUGGGCAGCUGCCCCUGGUGGCUGUCAGCCUGAGUGAGUACCCAGCUUCCAGUGCCCGCGGCCAAACCACCAGCAUUCCUGGCAGCCCCAAGUUCCAGCCUCCAGUCCCUGCUCCCCGCAACAAGAUUGGCCCACUUCAGGACCGGCCUCCCAGCCCUUUCCGUGAGCCUCCAGGUGCCGAGCGGGGGUUGACAACCAGCCCCUCACGCCAGCUGGUGGGCCGAACAUUUUCAGAUGGGUCAGCCACCCACACCCUGCAGCCCCCCGAGAGCCCCCACCUGGGCCGACGGGGCCUGGACAGUAUGCGAGAACUCCCUCCCCUGAGCCCAUCUCUGUCCCGACGGGCUCUCUCUCCUAUGCCUGCUCGGACCACCCCGGAUCCCAAGCUGACCAGAGAAGUGGCAGAGAGUCCCCGGCCCCGGCGCUGGGCAGCCCACGGGACCUCCCCGGAGGACUUCUCCCUGACUCUGGGUGGGCGGGGCCGGAGGACACGGAGCCCCUCGCCCACACUGGGGGAGGCCCUGGCACCCCGCAAGGGCAGCUUCAGUGGCAGGCUGAGCCCGGCCUACAGUCUAGGCUCGCUGACUGGGGCCUCGCCCCGUCAGAGUCCCCGAGCCCAGAGGAAGCUCUCCAGCGGGGACUUGCGGGUGCCCGUCACCCGGGAGCGGAAAAACAGCAUCACGGAGAUCAGUGACAAUGAGGAUGACCUCCUGGAGUACCAUCGACGCCAGCGCCAAGAGCGGCUCCGGGAGCAGGAGAUGGAGAGGCUGGAACGCCAGCGCCUGGAGACCAUCCUGAACCUGUGUGCUGAGUACAGCCGGGCUGAUGGGGGCCCUGAGGCUGGGGAGCUGCCCAGCAUCGGGGAGGCCACCGUGGCAUUGGCACUGGCAGGCCGGAGGCCCUCAAGGGGCCUGGCAGGAGCCAUUGGGGCCUCUGGGAGGAGCAGCGAGGAGCCUGGAGGUGCUGGCCAACGCCUGUGGGAGAGUGUGGAACGCUCCGAUGAGGAAAAUCUCAAAGAGGAAUGCAGCAGCACCGAGAGCACCCAGCAGGAGCAUGAAGAUGCGCCUAGCACCAAGCUCCAGGGAGAGGUGCUGGCCCUGGAAGAGGAGCGGGCUCGGGUGCUGGGGCGAGUGGAGCAGCUUAAGGUCCAUGUGAAGGAGCUGGAGCAGCAGCUGCAGGAGUCUGCCCGAGAGGCCGAAAUGGAGCGUGCACUUCUGCAGGGGGAAAGGGAGGCAGAGCGGGCACUGCUGCAGAAAGAGCAGAAGGCAGCAGACCAGCUGCAGGAGAAGCUGGUGGCCUUGGAGUCUGGCAUCCAAAAGGAGAGGGACAAGGAGAGGGCGGAGCUGGCCGCGGGACGGAGGCACCUGGAGGCCCACCAGGCGCUGUACGCCGAGCUCCAGACGCAGCUCGAUAACUGCCCCGAGUCAGUGCGGGAACAGUUACAGGAGCAGCUGAGAAGGGAGGCAGAGACCCUGGAGACGGAGACAAAGCUCUUUGAGGACUUGGAGUUCCAGCAGCUGGAGCGGGAGAGCCGCGUGGAGGAGGAGCGUGAGCUGGCCGGCCAGGGGCUGCUGCGGGCCAAGGCCGAGCUGCACCGCAGCAUGGCCAAGAGGAAGGAGCGCCUGGCAGUCCUGGACAGUCAGGCUGGGCAGAUCCGGGCCCAGGCCGUGCAAGAGUCAGAGCGCCUGGCCCGGGACAAGAAUGCCUCCCUGCAGCUGCUGCAGAAGGAGAAGGAGAAACUGACUAUGCUGGAAAGACGAUACCACUCACUCACAGGGGGAAGGCCUUUCCCGAAGACCACCUCGACCCUCAAAGAGAUGGAGAAGCUGCUGCUCCCUGCUGUAGACUUAGAGCAGUGGUACCAGGAGCUGAUGGCCGGGCUGGGGGCUGGCCCCGCUGCCGCCUCCCCUCGCUCCUCCCCCCCGCCUCUGCCUGCCAAAGCUUCCCGUCAGCUGCAGGUUUACCGCUCCAAGAUGGAUGGUGAGGCCACCAGCCCCCUGCCCCGGACCCGCAGUGGCCCCCUCCCUUCCUCCUCUGGCUCUUCCUCCUCCUCUUCCCAGCUCAGCGUGGCUACCCUGGGCCGGAGCCCAUCCCCAAAGAGUGCGCUACUUGCCCAGAACGGCACGGGCAGCCUUCCUCGCAACCUGGCAGCCACGCUGCAGGACAUCGAGACCAAGCGCCAGCUGGCCCUGCAGCAGAAGGGGCAGCAGGUAAUUGAGGAGCAGCGGCGGCGGCUGGCUGAGCUGAAGCAGAAAGCAGCAGCUGAGGCGCAGUGCCAGUGGGAUGCCCUGCACGGGGCAGCCCCCUUUGCGGUGGGCCCCUCAGGCUUCCCCCCACUCAUGCACCACUCCAUUCUGCACCACCUGCCGGCUGGGCAGGAGCGUGGCGAUGAGGGUGAGCACGCCUACGACACGCUGAGCCUGGAGAGCUCGGACAGCAUGGAGACCAGCAUCUCCACGGGGGGCAAUUCUGCCUGCUCCCCCGACAACAUGUCCAGUGUGAGUGGUCUGGACAUGGGGAAGAUUGAGGAGAUGGAGAAGAUGCUGAAAGAGGCUCAUGCAGAGAAGAGCCGGCUCAUGGAGUCGAGGGAGCGGGAGAUGGAGCUGCGGCGGCAGGCCCUGGAGGAGGAGUGGCGGAGACGGGAGCAGGUGGAACGGAGGCUGCAGAGUGAGAGUGCCCGGAGGCAGCAGCUGGUGGAAAAGGAAGUCAAGAUGCGGGAGAAGCAAUUUUCCCAGGCCCGGCCCCUGACCCGUUACCUGCCAAUCCGAAAAGAGGAUUUUGACCUGAAGACCCACAUCGAGUCGUCAGGCCACGGUGUGGACACAUGCCUGCACGUGGUGCUCAGCAGCAAGGUCUGCCGUGGCUACUUGGUCAAGAUGGGUGGCAAGAUUAAAUCAUGGAAGAAGCGCUGGUUUGUCUUCGACCGGCUCAAGCGCACCCUUUCCUAUUAUGUGGACAAGCACGAGACGAAGCUGAAGGGGGUCAUCUACUUCCAGGCCAUCGAGGAGGUGUACUACGACCACCUGCGCAGUGCGGCCAAGAGCCCGAACCCCGCCCUUACCUUCUGCGUGAAGACCCACGACCGGCUGUACUACAUGGUGGCCCCGUCUGCUGAGGCCAUGCGCAUCUGGAUGGAUGUCAUUGUCACUGGGGCCGAGGGCUAUACUCAGUUCAUGAACUGAAUGCCAUGGGCCCCCCUGGACCCUCAGGCCUGCCCCAGGACCCACGCCCAGCCACCCGCUGUUCUCCGUGCCCACAGUGGGCCCGAGGCCUCACAGGAGUGUUCCCAGAGGCCCUAGGAGGGGAGAGUGUCUGGGAGUUUUACAUAAGAAGACUUUUGUGAUAUUCUGCAAGGAGCCCGGUUCUGUGAGUCUAGGCUCUAGCCAGAACCAGCCAGGUGGGGAGGGCAGGGGGGAGCUUUGCUGCCUUCUGGGAGCCCAGUUCCUGCAGUAACUCUCAGUGCCACCCUGCUGGGCUGGACAGGGCCAUGGCGCUGUCACAGAGAUUCCCUCUCAGCUCUGAGCCGGCUCCUGCUCGCCCCAGCCCGUGCCCUAUGAAGGACACACUAUGGUACCAGAAUCUGCCAAAGAUCCCCUCUUGUCUCAGCCCCCUUGCAGGGGCCCUGGGGGCUGGGCAGAGCUACAUCCAGAGUGGGGUAGCAGCUGAGGCGGCGUAGUUCUCAAAGCCCACUCUGUCCCUUUGUUUACCUGACGUUUAUUUUUUCAAUUAUUUUGCUCGAGGGCAAAGAAAGCAUGUGUCAUCCUGGAGGUCUCCUUGUGCAGAUCCAUCAUCAUGAUCACCAUGGUCACACCCCACUUGCCCUGGCUCUGUGCUCAGCCACUCCUUCAGCCUGGGGGCCCCAUCCGAGGCACGUGCUAUCAUCCCUGCAGCCCUGGCUAUCAGGCUGCCCAUGCCGGGGAAGGCACUGCACACCCACCCACCCCCUCCUGUAUCCCCAGGCCUGAUGCACAGCCUGUGGCCCACCCAGCCCUCUCCCUCCCACUCGUGCCUUGCUGAGAGCCAGAAGGGAUGAAGCUGGGGGGGGGGGGUGCCUAGAGACCAGAGGAGGAGCUGAUGGAUGGGGGAGGAAGCCAGAAGGCUCCCUCUCUGGGCUCUGCACAGGGUGGAGGCUGGCAGGGAGAGAGGGUUGCUCAGAUGUGCCCUGAGAGGAAGCCUGGGCAGGAAAGGAAGCUGCAGAGGGCAGAGCCCUGAGGGCGGUCUGUCCCUCGCCAGCCUUGGAAGAGCAAUGGAGAUGGGGAGCAGAGCCACCAGGCCUCCAGCUGCCUGGCCUCGGCCCUUCGCGCCUUAACACUAAGCCCACUUCCCCUGCCCUGCCCAGCACUGGGGCCCGUGGUUGCCUGGGCCCGGGCUGGGUGUUUUUCAGUAUUUGUAAGCAUUUCAGCAGAACAAUAAAGCAUUUGGACUAUGAA